AUGGCUCUCGCCGCUGCUGUCGCUGGCGGGACUGCGCUGGCAUAUCUCAAUGGAAAGUACCAGCUGGCGUCCGAUAUAUCGUCCAUCAUCUCUAUGAAGAGAAGCGAGAGAAGGGCUGCUGCAAAGGUUGCUGGUGGCACCGUUUGCCCGUGGUUCCAAUUCGAGGAGUCGGUAAAGAAAUACCCUACUGUGCGGGCAGUCUGGACACGAGAGACAUGCUAUACAUUCCGUCAACUACACGAUGUCGCAUGUCAGUACGCACAUUACUUUCGUUCGCAGGGCGUGCAACCAGGACAUCUUGUCGCUACCUAUCUGCAAAACUGCGCCGACUUCCCUGCCAUAUGGCUGGCGUUGUGGUCAAUCGGAGCCGCACCAGCCUUUAUCAACUACAACCUCGCCGGAGCAGCUUUGCUGCAUUGCGUACAGGUCAGUGGCGCGAGCCUCUUGCUAGUUGAUAACGAUCCUGCAUGCAAAGGAAGGAUAGAAGAGGAGCGUUCCAAAAUUGAGAACGAGUUUCACAUCACUCCGAUUCUACUCGACGACGAGCUCAAGCAGCACAUCGGCGCCUUGCCUACAACUGUCCCCGAUGCUUCACUGCGUCGUAACAUGGAUACUUCAUUCCCAGGCUGCCUCUUCUAUACCAGUGGAACAACCGGCCUUCCAAAGGCCUGCGCAUUUACCCUGGAGCGUCUCAACCAUCUCUUCGGCACCCGGGCCUUAGGCGAUACACCCGGCGGGCCUGAUAGAUGGUAUAACUGCAUGCCUCUCUAUCAUGGCACCGGCGGCAUCAACAUGAUCGUCUGUCUAGUGGGCGGCGUGUGUGUCGCUAUCGGCAAACGGUUCAGCGUCUCCUCGUUCUGGAACGACAUUAUCGACUCAGAGUCCACGCACUUUGUCUAUGUAGGUGAAAUAGCAAGGUACCUGCUUGCUGCACCUCCUUCGCCCCUAGACAAGGCCCACUCCGUUCGCUGUGCGUACGGCAACGGUUUGCGGCCAGAUGUAUGGGAGAAGUUCAGAACCCGCUUCAAUAUCCCCACUAUUGCGGAAUUCUUCGCCAGCACAGAGGGUAUGUUUGCACUGCUCAACUUUGACCGUGGGCCGUACCUGUCUGCCUGUGUCGGCCAUCACGGCCUUAUUCUCCGUAAAUUGCUACAUAAUGUCUAUGUGCCUGUUGCAAACGACCCAGUUACAGGAGACAUACUGCGUGAUCCUGCCACCGGGUUCGCCACCCGCAGCCCUUACGAAGUCGGUGGAGAGAUACUCGUCGCUAUACCUAACGAAAAAGCAUUCCAAGGCUACUGGGACAAUCCAUCUGCAACUUCGAAGAAAUUUGCUCGUGAUGUUUUCAAAAAGGGAGACCUGUAUUACCGAUGCGGAGACUCUUUACGACGCACCAACGACGGGCACUGGCAUUUCCUCGACCGUCUAGGUGAUACGUUCCGGUGGAAGUCCGAAAAUGUAUCUACAGCCGAAGUAGCAGUGGUGCUGGGCCAGUUUCCCGGCGUCGCUGAGGCGAACGUCUACGGUGUUACGGUACCGAAUCACGAAGGACGAGCUGGCUGUGCUGCACUCUUGAUUGAGCCACAGGCACUUGCUGGCUUCAAGUGGGAUGCGUUCCUGAAGCAUAUCCGUGAGAGGCUGCCUCGGUAUGCGGUACCUGUCUUUAUAAGGCUGGUGGGUGUCUCCGCACACAUACAUAACCACAAGCAGAACAAGGUCGGAUUAAGGGAGGAAGGGGUCGAUCCGGCCAAGAGGGGGACGAAAACUGCUGGUGGAAAGGAGGAUAAGAUGCUGUGGCUGAAACCAAAGUGGGAUACGUAUGAAGAGUUUGGAGAUAAGGAGUGGGAGACCCUGGUUGGAGGAGGGGUGAGGUUAUAG